UCUCUAAAAUAAAGCUCUCAAAAUAAUAAAUGAGAAAGAUAGAUAACGUAUGGAGUGAAACUGUAAUUGUUAAAAACCAUAUGGCGCUAUAUUUCACUAGGUAUUUUAUUUUGAAACGUGUGUUUUUCGUCUCGCUGGCUCGAGACUACCGGAUGCUGUAGCGACCCGUGUCGCUGCAGUGUUGCGCUUUCCUGUUUACGGGCGGGAAGAGCGAACGUAGCUGACUGGAAGCUACUGUGUUUAAAUCGGCAGCACAUUUGUUUUAAUUCUCAUUGAUGCUCAUGGAUUGCAGGUUUUAAUGAUACACGGGGCACUGCGAGGUCUAGUGGAUACGUUUUAAGUGGACCGUUGCUGAAAACUAAAGGGAUUUUUUUGGAGAGUGCAGCGCAGAUGGAAGAUCCUCCUCCAGAUUCUGGUGGUGGUGGCGGCGGUGCAGCAGCGGAGGGCCCCGUGGUGCAGGUGGCAGAUAUCCGCUGGCCGAGCGGGGCUCUCCCUCUCCGGCUUCUAGAGUGGAAAGUCAAACCUGGGUCUCUUAUUAACGUGGACUCUGUGCUUGCACUGUGCGCGCUCAUACCCCACGAGAAGGGGGCAGAGGCUGCCAGGCUACCAGAGAAGAAGGUGAAAUCGGACCGUGCUGGAGUAGUGAAGGAGCUAUGCUGUCAACUUGGACAAGUCAUACCUCCCGGGGGUGUCAUCAUCAGAAUAGAAGAAUGCAGCCAUCCAAUAGUAAUGAAGGGGUUAUGUGCUGAAUGUGGACAGGACCUGACACAGAUGCAGAGCACAAAUGGGAACCAGCAAAUGCCCAUCUCCACAGCAACCGUCUCCAUGGUGCACAGUGUUCCUGAGCUGAUGGUCAGCUCAGAGCAAGCCGAGCAGCUGGGCAGAGAAGACCAGCAGAGACUCCACCGGAACAAGAAGCUGGUCCUGAUGGUGGAUCUGGACCAGACGCUGAUCCACACCACGGAGCAGCACUGCCAGCGUAUGUCCAACAAGGGCAUUUUCCACUUCCAGCUCGGGCGAGGAGAGCCGAUGCUACACACACGACUGCGCCCACACUGCAAGGCAUUCCUGGAGAAAAUUGCCAAACUCUAUGAGUUGCACGUCUUCACAUUCGGGAGCCGCCUUUAUGCACACACCAUCGCUGGCUUUCUGGAUCCUGAAAAGAAGCUUUUCUCUCAUCGGAUCCUUUCCAGAGAUGAAUGCAUCGACCCCUUCUCCAAGACGGGGAACCUUAGGAAUCUUUUCCCCUGUGGCGACUCCAUGGUCUCCAUAAUCGACGACCGAGAGGACGUGUGGAAGUUUGCACCUAACCUCAUCACUGUGAAGAAGUACAUCUACUUCCAGGGCACAGGGGACAUCAACGCCCCCCCUGGAUCACGGGAAGCUCAGAUUGCAAAGAAAGCAGGAGGCCCGUCAAUUCGACCCGCAGAUAGCACCGAACCAGCAGCGACACAGAGCGAUGAGCAAAAUAACGGCCCCAGGAAAAAGGCGAAAGACCACAAUAUUUCUGGAAAGGAAGAGUCCACAACAUCUCAGGGAGUACCAACAAAUGAACGGACACAUCCCACAGGAGUUGUGGAGGAUGAAUCAGGACAAGGUAAAGGGUCAGAGGCCGAGGCCGAGUCCGGGGCAGGAUCAAAGGAAACUCAGGUGGCCGACAGAGCAAAUGUCAAGGAAGAUGAUAGCAGCAGGACACUGGUGACACGAGAGGCACAGGAUGGUGCAAACUCAUCAGCGCCGAGUCAUGAGUCCAAUAACUUGGACUUUGACCUUUCCAGUGACAGUGACAAUGACUCCAUUACAGCAAAGCCUUCCUCAUCAGAGAGUGAUACUGAAGGAAAGUCUUGCCCAGCAAUGAAAUCCAGGCAGGAAGGGGUCACGCAAGAGCCAGGGAAUGGGGACGGGGUGAGAGACGGGGUGAGGGAAGGGGACAGUAAAAGUCGAAGUGAAGGAGAAACCAUCUCUGACUCAGCAGAACCUUCAGGAGUUCUUCUCCCAGACCCCGAGCUGGGAAAUGGCUGCUCAGAUAGGAGAGAGCCAGAAACGGAGUCCCAGAAUAGUGAACAAUCUGGGGUCACUAUAGGGGAGGAGCUGCUGGACCAGAGUAUGGAGGAGGAGGAAGAAGAAGAAGAAGCUGAUAUCGACCAGGACGAUCACUUGAUCUACCUGGAGGAAGUGCUGGAGAGGAUCCACGCGGAGUACUACACGAGAUACGAGGCCUACCUGAGGAAGGAGGCCCCCGAAACACCGGACAUCCGCAAGAUUUCCCCGGAGCUGAAAAGCAAGACACUGAAAGGCACGACGAUAGUGUUCAGCGGCCUGUACCCGACAAACUACCCAAUGGAGAGGACCCGUGAGCACUACCACGCCAAAGCACUGGGGGCCAAGAUCGGCAAGAAUCUGGUUCUUAACGCCCAAGAUCCCAGUCAGACGACGCAUCUCAUCGCAGCAAGAGCUGGCACCGAGAAGGUUCGUCAGGCACAAGGCUGCAAACACCUCCAUGUUGUCAACCCCGACUGGCUGUGGAGCUGUCUGGAGCGCUGGGAGCGAGUGGAGGAGCAGCUGUACCCACUGAAUGAGGACUGUUCCAAGACGCCAAGGAGCAACAGUCCAGCAGCAUUCCCUGACAUUCAGGGUUCCCUGCAGAAGCAUAUUGUCCAACCAGCUCCCGUCCCCCACAGACCUCAACCUCCAGCCCCCGAGGUGCGGACCUACGACCCCGUCACAGGGAAGCUGAUCCGCAGGGGCCCUCAGGUGCCACGGCCACCAUCCUACCUCCAGGCGUCAGGCUCUAUGUUGUACCCUGAUCACAGAGAGCAGUCUUGUCUCAGGGGAACUUCGAGCCAGCGAGAUGGCGCUGCAGGAUCCAGCCAAGACGACGAGCAGCCAGGCCCGUCUCGCCGGGAGCGACAGCCGAGCAUGUCAGAAACGAUGCCUCUGUACACACUUUGUAAAGAGGAUCUCGAGAGCAUGGACAAAGAGGUGGACGACAUCUUAGGCGAGGAGAGCGACAACGAAAGUGAGGGGCGAGGGAAGGAGAAGCCAGGUAAUGAGGAGGUGGAGGAUGAAGAGGAGCAGCAGCCAGGAGCUGGACAGAUAUCAGCAUCAGGAGGAGGAAGAGAAGGUCUUCAGACGACGACCGUGGAAGAGCGGAUCCAGCCACCAUCCAGUGAGGCCAGUGUGCCGUGUAGUGUGCCAAGGGGCCACAAACGUAAGCACAACGAAGCCAAGGAGGAGGAGGAAGAUAAGGAGGAGGAGGAGGCGGCGGAGGAAUCUGCUGACGAAUCGUCUAAAGACUCCAACGAGGAGGAAGGAGGCAGCAGCUCAGAGGCGGACGAGAUGGCCGCAGCCCUGGAGGCAGAGCUCAAUGACUUUAUGUGACGUGGAUAAUGAAGAGACUCAGUCACACGAAAAGGAUGACAUAAAAAGAUCAGCCCCAGACGCCCCUACAAGUGGUACCCACAAAUCCUAUUUUUCUGCUUUGGAGUCGCUGUGUACUUAGGAUGUAUGAGCCAUGACUGUGCUGUAAUACAAAUGAAUGUCAUGUACAGAAAUUACAUGUUGCUGUGUAAAUAAAGGCUUAGAUUUCUUUUUCUUUUGUAGCAUUGAUAUUAUGGCCUUUUGUGGCAUAAAACACUUUGAUGUUAACAUUUUAUUGUAAGAUAACAAACCAUAGGAGACAUAACAUUUGAUACUUUUUUGUUUUACCUUUUUUUUCUAUUUCAAUUUUUAUAUUGAUGAGAAAAAGAGAAAUGAAAAUUAUACAUUUUGCCGGUUGUACAAGCCAAAGAGUUUGGGAUAGGUUUGCCAAGACGUGCAGCUAAAUAUUUUACUCUGGACUUUUCUUUUGGCCUCUUCCAACCGUUUGUUAGGGUCAUAAAUGUAACCAGCGGAUCUAGACGUUUGAAUGUGUUUUUCCUGAGUCGUUAAUCCUCCAGGUCUUUGUACAUUUGAUAACAUUAUGGUAUGGUAAGCUUCUCAGUGUCGGUGCACAGCCGUGAACUGAAUCCCAAUUUAAUUCCCAGUUUAUGUUCAUGUGUGUUGUAAGUGCUUAUCUUUCCCUUUGUCCAGCAGCCUCUGCUAUCAUUGUCGUACAGUUGAGAGGAACAGACUCUCUAAGCCUCUGCUUCAGUACACUGGAGCUCCUUGUGAAGCCCGUUGCCUCAAAGGGUAAGUUAAACCAAAUGUGCAAAACAUAUUUUCUCGCUUACCUUUACUAUUACGCAAAUAGUUUAGUUUUACAAUGGACGGCUCUUCGGUCUAUAGUCGACUACAGCGUGUGGGAUAUUAUAGGAUUCCCGUUAAGAAUUGUUUUUACAUGCCUUUAUUCUGAACGCCCAACCCUGUCCCCUAGAAAUUCUAUUUAUGUAGUACUAAAUUAGUUCCCAGAUGAUGGACUUUGACAGCAGAGACGGGUGUUUCCUGAGUCCCCAUGUGUGGUCAGGCGUUUCUAUCAUCAAGGCUUUGAUUGUUAGAUGUAUGUUCCAGAAGCUGCAGAUGCAAAGAGUCUGCUGCUUUGUUCCUGUGCCGGUGAGAUAAAAGUCUGAUUUGAGUAACGGAUCCAUGAGUUGUAACUCUUCGCAGCCCUUGUUACUGCUCUGGAAAGGUACCGCAGUGAUGAGCUAAUUAAAAGAUCCCAGCAUAACAUCUCUCUCCCGAGGUGUUCAUCGGGGGCGUUCCCAAUAAAUGGAAUUAAAGUAGUUCCAGUAAAAAAGGUUUAUCUGGAUUCUGGAGAGAUGUGACUUUUUUUUUACGAGAGAAAAUAUGUUUUUGCUCAUUUGGGCGAACGGACCCUUUAAUCCUGCACGAGGCGAGAUGCUCACACGUAUCUAACUCUGCAGUGAGGGAUAUUGUCUCCAAAUGGAAUUGUUUUAGUCGUCUGUCCAAAGGAAGAUAACUCCGUUACUAUGGGAGAGCGCAGGACUCACCAGCGUCUCAUGGUUUGAACCAGCCUGGUUGGUAAAUAUAACCAUGUUGCAUGCACUGUACUAACACAUCACACUUCCAUCUCACUGCCAUGUGAACCUCCAUGUACCAACAGUUACAGUUACUGUUCUAUGUAGAGUCAACUCUACGGCACUGACGUUUGUUUCUGUUUGUUUGUUUUGUUGUAAACAAUAAAAGAUCUUCCUUCUUCUAAUUGUACCUGCUGUCGUGAGGCAGGAGAGCGAUGUCUGCUUGAAUCUCUGCCCAAUAAACGAUUCUACAUUUUCCUUUUCCAGUGACUUUCAUCUUGUUUAGUUCUUUAGUUCCAAUCAAACAACUGACUUGUAAAGUAUUUGUAAAGUCUAUUUCCUACUUGACCCUGAGAGAGAGAAAAGAUACUUUCAUCAAAUAAAAAUGUUUCUAAGUAACACAA